GGGAUGGAGUAAAAAGCCCUGUGAUGCCAAUGAGUACAAGUCAUAUUUGACCCUUCAUUGUAAAGUUACCUUAUUUCAUUAUUUCACUUUCAUUUUCUCCAAAAAGAAUUCUUCCGUUAAAUUUGUGGAAAGCCGUUCAGAAGUCAUGUCUUAUUACGCAAAUUGUCUAAAAGUUUCAGACGAAUGCCCUGUCUCAGCGACACCGUUUGGAUACGCACCAUCGCUUCCAGCCAACGCUACUCUGUUGGCAAUUUUCUGCAUCAUUACGAUCGCACAAUUGAUACAAGGGUUUAGGUAUCAGACAUGGGGAUUCACAGCCACGUUCAUACUAGGAAGUUUGUGUGAGGUGAUUGGGUAUACUGGGAGAGUAAUGAUGGCAUCUAGUCCAUGGAGUCAUGUCGGGCUCACCCUCCAAAAUCUUUUUCUCACAGUUGGCCCUUUAUUCUUCCUCAAUGGAGUAUUUCUCUGCUACACAAACAUAAUUGAAACCUAUAGCACCACCCUCUCCCGCAUUAAUCCUGCUACCUACCCUCUCAUCUCCACCUCCGUCACACUUCUCCCAUUUAUUCUCCUCACCUCUGGAUCUCUUCUUCAGAGCACUUCGGCAGUCGGCUUUACCCCAUCGUUUUAUCUCUCUACCGGAUCCAACGUCGUGAUCGCAGGCUUGUGCUUCCAAUUGCUUUCGAUGAUUUGUUUUGGUGUCUUGCAUGCAGAUUACAAGAUCCAAGUUCGUGCCUACCCCGAGCAACUCAAUGCGUAUGCAGAAAACACACGCGCCUCGAGACGAUUUAUGUAUUUCUACAUUGCACUCCCAGCGGCAUUCUUGUCAGUCGGUGUCAGUGUUGUCUACAGAAUGGCUGUUUUGGGGCAAGGAUGGGGGAUGAGUUUUAUGAAGAAUGAGGUUGGAUUUAUUUGUUUGGAGGGAAUAACUGUGGCAAUUGCAGGUUAUGCAUUGUCGGUUGUUCAUCCGGGUUAUGUGUUCAGACCAACGGAGUAUAUCAAUCAUAAGAGUGCCGAGAUUAUUACUGAUGAUAAAUUGGAAGAGGCUUGGAAUUGAGCGUGACGGAAUCAGAAUUGAAUAGUCUCCUUAGAGAUAUUUGUACCGCUGACUGUAUGGCGAGUUUGGAGACUCGCCAAUUUUCAUGGCGCGUGUCGUGCGAAGAUGUGGCCUUUGAAAGCCCAUAGACAUAUUUAAGCAAGUGGAGGAUGGCGUUUUUGGCCUGUUUUUUUUUUUUUUUUUUUUUUCAUUUUAUCGUUCAUUUGAUACCGAAGUUAAUUGUAUGAAUA